AUGACUGAUAUCGACCCACCGCUAGAACCUCACCCACCAUCUCCGUUCCUCUUGACCCGUCGUCGCAUGUCGACUCGUAGGGCUUCGACUAGUGCUGGGUCUACAACAACACCAGCUCUUUCGCCGCAGCUUCUUUCAUUGGAUUCUACAGAAACAAAGCUUCCUGCAAACCAACCUCGCAGUCAAAAUGACUCUAAAAACUUAUCACUGUUAAGCGAUGGCGAAUUUAAUAGCAACAUUCACAACUUAGGCAAUGUAAGUAAAGCAAGCGUAGAGUCUACAGAUGCCUUGCCUAUUCCCAUCGCUGCAACGUCAGCAACAACGAUCACGGAGACAGUUAAACCAGUUUCUGAGUCUUUCGACUCUAAAAACCCCCCUGUAAAAUUGCAACCGGCUAAAAAACAACUUCCACAUUACCGGCCCAUCCACAUUAACGCACAGGAUUCUAUAUUUUCGCGUGAAAACAUAUAUUCACUUGGAACAACUCAGUACAAAUCCAAGUCCAAGCCUGAAGUUUCCAGACCUUCGUCCGGUGAAUCUCCCACGCGGUAUUUUGGAUUCCGCAACCUGGCCAUGAUCGUCUUAAUUGUAGGCAACAUCCGUUUGUUGGUAGAAAACUACAUUAAGUACGGGCUGCUGGCGAGUUUUGAACGCAUGUCUGGAAUUCCAGAUCAUGAUAUUAAAAUUGCGCUACUGCUUACGGCAUUCAUUCCGGGACACUUGUUUGUAUCACUUGUUGUGGAACGGGUUGCAGCGUCUUGGGCAUUAACCCCUCAAGCCGCGCGGCAAGAUUCACAAGUGCUUCUUCCCAAGGAAGCUACUACUGAGGACAAGCCGAUUGAAAAUUCUCGUAAAAAGAGUUUUGCCACCCGACCGUCUUCAACAUCUUCGAGUAUUGCAGGCAAAAUCAAGAUGAAGCACCUGUGGCGGCUAUUUGCGGCAUUACACGCCAUUAAUGCGCUUUUGUGCCUUGUGAUCACGUCGUACACUGUGUACACAAACAUUUGGCAUCCAGUGGUUGGCACCAUUUGCGAGAUUCACGCAGUUGUACUUUGUCUUAAGGUAGCUUCAUACGCUCUGACCAACCGUGAUUUGCGAGAUGCAACGAUUAUCGAACGUGCAAACAAAAAAACAGGCAAUGAAAAUGAUAAUGAUAUUCCAGAGGUUCCUGAGCUCUACUCAUCGCAACCUUAUCCUACCAACCUAACCAUUGGCAAUCUUGUGUACUUUUGGUGGGCCCCUACGCUUGUGUACCAGCCCGUGUACCCACGAACACCGCGAGUGCGCUGGCGGUUUGUUGCGCGGCAUAUUGCGGAGCUUAUUGUGCUGGUUGUUGUGAUGUGGUUUAUAGUGCGCCAGUACGCGGUGCCUAUUUUGGAAAAUUCGUUGCAACGGAUGGCUACUGAGCGCCAGGGUAAUAACAACAAAUUACAGACGUCAACUCUACAGAACCUGGUGCUUAUGGGUGAGCGACUGAUGAAGCUUGCUACGGUUUCAAUUCUGGUGUGGCUACUUGGGUUUUUUGCGUUAUUUCAGUCUUUUCUCAACUUGCUUGCAGAGCUAACGCGUUUUGCAGACCGCGACUUUUAUCAGGAUUGGUGGAAUAGUGGGUCUUUGGGAACAUACUGGAAACUUUGGAAUCGGCCUGUAAGCAAUUAUUUUCGCAGACAUUUGUACAUCCCCAUGCUUAAGCGCGGCUUUUCGACGUUUCAAUCGUCGCUCUCUGUGUUUUUUGUGUCAGCCGUUUUGCACGAGGUGAUGGUGGGGAUUCCCACACAUAACGUCUUGGGGUUUGCCUUCUUCUCCAUGAUGCUUCAAGUCCCUCUUAUUUUGGUCACAGCUCCACUCGAGAGAAUGCGUGGACCAGGAUCGACUAUUGGGAACAUGGUGUUUUGGCUAGCGUUUUUCCUUGGUCAGCCGUUAGGUGUUUUAGUUUAUUAUUAUGCUUGGAAUGUCAAGUACAAUCCAGGAGCUCUCAAAGUGACAAAUUCAACAGAACAUUGCAAUUGUCUUUGA